AUGCUACCACAUCACAACUUAGAUUCCUCAAUGUGCGAAUUAUUUGGGGAUAUUUCUCUGGCUGAUCCAACAUUUUACAAGAGCGGUCCGAUUGAUGUACUUCUCGGUAUUGACCUUACUUUGCCAUUGCUAAAGGGUCAAACGUUAUCGUUAGGUAAGGAUAAACCAUUUGCCAUUCGUUCAGAACUGGGUUGGAUAAUUGGCGGUAAGGCUAAUUUUGGUGAUCAAAAUUCUCUUCAUGUAAAUAAUAUUCAGUUAGUGUCAGAUCAUCUAAUCAAUAAAUUUUGGGAAUUAGAUUCUGUACCAUGUGCUAAACCCUUAACUUCUUUAGAAAAGUCGUGUGAAGAUCAUUUCGCAAAGACACAUUCUAGGGAUGAGAAUGGCAGAUAUACAGUAAGGUUACCAUUUCAUACACCUCCCACGCGGUUAGGUGAUUCAAAACGAAAUGCAAUUCGUAGGCUAAUCAGCGUGGAACGCCAUCUCAUUUCUAAUCUAGAAAAAUACGAACUCUAUCGCAAAUUCAUGAAGGAAUACCUUGAUCUAAAGCACAUGGAGCUGGUUCCAGAUUCUGAAAUUAAUAACAUCAAUAGUUUGUGCCUCCCUCAUCACGGAGUUGUUAGAAACACUAGCUCUACAACUAAGCUCCGUGUCGUCUUCGACGCUUCAAGUAAAACCUCGUCUGGACUUUCUUUAAACGAUUUGCUCAUGGUUGGACCAAGAGUACAGCCAAAACUUUUCCCUAUCCUGAUUCAGUUUCGACUUUUCAAUGUAGCCAUUUGCGCUGAUGUGGAAAAGAUGUUCCGCCAGAUUAAAGUUCAUAAGGAAGACGUAGACUGGCAAAGAAUUCUUUGGAGGGAGUCUCCAAACGAACCAAUAAAAGAAUAUCGUCUAACUACUGUUACCUACGGAACAUCCUCAGCACCAUUCCUCUCCACGAGAACCUUACGACAGCUUGCCAUAGACGAACAAGAGAAUUUUCCAGCCGCUUCAAGAGCUACCCGUUGUCACUUUUAUGUAGAUGAUUUGCUGAGUGGGAGUGCGACAAAGAAGGAAGCCAUUCAACUGGUAUCCGAGCUGCAGGAGAUGAUGAAAAAGGGAGGCUUUUCUUUACGUAAAUGGGUGUCAAACGAUCCCGACGUACUGGCAACCAUUUCAAAAGAAUUACAGGCAAUUGAUUCAAAACACACGAUCAACGAUGACCAACCUGUCAAGAUUCUGGGAAUAGCUUGGCUUCCAGAUGUUGACAAGUUCACCUUUACCAUCACCGUCAAUGAGAUGGACAUAUGGACUAAACGUAAGGCUUCAGACGUGCAAGUACACGGAUUCUGCGACUCUUCAGAGAAGGCCUAUUGCGCAGCUAUAUACAUUCGUUCCCAGGAUGUAACCCUAGCUGUGACAUCCAGACUGCUAAUAUCCAAGACGCGUGUCUCUCCAGUAAAACCGCAGUCUUUACCUCGAUUGGAACUCUGUUCUGCUUUACUUCUUGCCAAUUUGUUGCAAGCUACCUUGCCAACGCUAACUGUGCCAAUCUCUGAGACAUUUGCGUGGUCUGAUUCCAAGAUCACACUGGCAUGGCUGAAGUCUGAACCAAGAAGAUGGCAACCGUUCGUAGCUAAUCGAGUAGCACAAAUUCAAGAGCUAACUCCUAAUGUGCACUGGAACCAUGUGAGCGAUCUGGAGAAUCCUGCUGAUUGCGGAACAAGAGGGAUACCUCCAACUAAACUAGAAAGGUGCGACUUGUGGUUCAACGGACCUGAUUGGCUAAGGAGUUCUACUUUUCCUAAUGGAGGGUUUGAGGAUAAUCCAGAAUUGCAAAAAGACAUGUCUGUAGAAGCUAAAGGAACAUCCAAGCUGGUUAUGCUGCAAGUGGUUGAUGCUUCUUUCAAGGCAGAGUUUUUUCAGAAAUUUUCGUCUUGGAACAAGUUGAAGAGAGUUGUAGCCUAUUGUUUAAGAUUUGGGAAGAACUGUUCUCUGGCUGCAGAUAUAAGAAAUAAGUCUUUUUUAACAACGACAGAAUUGCACGAAGCCGAGAAAAGGAUUGUAAGAUUUAUCCAGCAGGAUCAUUUUUUGACGGAGGUCUCCUAUCUGUCAGCGGGAAAGCAGCUUCCUUCGAACAACAAGAUUAAUCCCUUGACUCCGUUCUACGAUGAUUCCGGAAUAAUUCGUGUCGGUGGGAGACUAAAAAAUUCAAUGCUUUCAGAAUCGCAGAAGCAUCCCAUCUUGCUUCCUAAAACCGACCAUGUUGUGAAUUUAAUUAUCGCCGAUUAUCAUCUAAAACUUCUUCAUGCCGGUCCACAACUUCUCCAAGCAGCUCUCAGAGAAAAAUUUUGGAUUCUUUCAGCCAGAGAUGCAGUUAGAAGAGUUGUAAGAAAAUGUAUCCCGUGCUUCAGAAAUCGUCCAAGGCUCGCUGGUCAAAUCAUGGGAGAUCUUCCAAUGUCCAGAGUUUGCCCCUCUUCUGUCUUCCAACGAACUGGUAUUGACUUUGCAGGCCCAUUCUUAAUACGGAACUCCAAGGGAAGAGGAAGCCGCAAUACUAAAAGCUACAUCUGCGUCUUCGUCUGCCUCGCAACGAAGGCAGUUCAUCUUGAAGUCGUCAGCGACUUGUCAUCAAAAGCCUUUAUCGCUUGUUUAAAAAGAUUCGUGGCACGCAGAGGUAGGCCAUCUGACCUCUUCUGCGAUCAAGGAAGUAAUUUUUAUGGAGCGAGCAGAGAGCUUAGGAAGGAGUUUCGUCAGUUGAUGAAGGAAAACGACGUACAUCAAUUUCUGGUAACAGACAAAAUCACCUUUCACUUCAAUCCUCCAUCUGCUCCCCACUUCGGAGGCAUUUGGGAGGCUACCGUGAAAUCGUUCAAGUUUCAUUUGAAAAGAGUUGUUGGAGCCACCAGUCUCACAUUCGAAGAAUUAGCCACGUUAUCAAGUCAAAUUGAGGCAUGCCUUAAUUCUAGACCACUAUGUGCAUUAUCUAGCAGUCCAGAUGAUCCGUCUGUUCUGACUCCAGGACAUUUUCUAAUAGGAAAAGCAUUAACAGCUGCUCCUCAACCUACGGUUCCAGACGACAUCAGUCAUUGCGAUCGUUGGCGAUUGCUUAUAAGAAUGAUCCAACAUUUUUGGAAUAGAUGGUCGUCCGAGUAUUUGACAUUGCUACAAUCAAGAGCGAAGUGGCGCAAUUCUCAUAAGAACCUUGACAUUGGAGAUCUUGUUUUAAUCAAACACGACAACUUACCUCCACUACAGUGGAAAUUAGGGAAGGUCACGGAAACGUUCCCUGGUAAAGACAAUAAAGUACGUGUGGUCAAGGUAAAAACUGACACUGGUGAACUUGUUAGACCAAUUGCAAAACUGUGUCCCCUUCCUAUAGACACUUGA